GCCGGUUUCCCCAUCAUGGCGGCGGCGCUGACCGCUCGGCUGUGGCUCUGGGCCGCACUCCUGGUCCUGUCGGCGGCAGUGUACGAGGACCAAGUGGGCAAGUUUGACUGGAGGCAGCAAUAUGUUGGGAAGCUCAAAUUUGCCUCCUUGGAAUGUGCUCCUGGAUCAAAGAAAAUAGUGGUGGCUACAGAGGAAAAUGUGAUUGCGGCAUUGAACUCUCGAACGGGUGCUAUAUUAUGGCGCCAUGUGGAUAAGGGUACUCCAGAGGGAGCUAUUGAUGCCAUGCUUCUUCAUGGUCAAGAUGCACUCACUAUUUCCAAUGGGGGCCGGAUCCUACGCUCCUGGGAGACUAACAUUGGGGGCUUGAACUGGGAGAUGUCCUUGGAGUCCGGCAGUUUUCAGAUGGCCAGCCUGGUGGGCUUGCAGGAUGUGGUAAAAUAUGUGGCAGUGCUGAAGAAGACCACACUCACUCUUCAUUACCUUUCUAAUGGACACCAAAAAUGGGUGGAACAGCUUCCAAAGAGUGAGAGUGUUCAGUAUCAGAUGGUGUAUUCAUAUGGCACUGGAAUGAUGUGGGUCCUGGGAGUUGUUCCCAACAGUCAUGUGAAUAUUGUGAAAUUUCAUGUGGAAGAUGGUGAGAUGGUUCAGCAGGUCAGGGUUUCUGCGCCAUGGCUGAAGAGCUUAAGUGGGGUUUGUGCUGUGGUAGGCAAAGCUGUGCUGGUGUGCCCUGACCCAGGCACACGGUCCCUUUUCACUUUGGCACUGGAGACGGAGGAAGAGAUGAAAAGAACCCCACUGCAGGCCCUUGAACUAGAAUUUGGCCAAAGUUUCCAGCCCUGGGUCCUACCCACCCAGCCCAACCCUUCAGGUGCCUCCAGACCACAGUUCUUUUUGCAGCUGGCCCCCAGCCAUUUUGCUCUGCUGCAGCACCGCCCAGAAGGCCUAAGUCUGCUCCGAAACUUCCCCCAGACGGCUCUAGUGAGCUUUGGUACCAGUGGGGAGAAGACUGUUGCUGCUGUGAUGACCUGCCGUACUGAAACUCAGAAAGGUGGAAGUGUUGAAGAAGCACCAGCAAAGACCCCUUCUGACAAGUCUAGCUCACAGGAAGCCCUAGUCUGCACCAACCAAACUUAUAACAUAAACCUGUACUUGGCGGAGACUGGAAGGCGGCUGCUGGACACCUCAAUCACCUUCAGCCUGGAGCAGAAUGGGACCCGGCCUGAGCAGUUGUAUAUCCAAGCCUUCCUGAAGAAGGAUGACUCAGUGGGCUACCGUGCUCUGGUGCAAACAGAUGACCACUUACUACUAUUUCUUCAGCAGCUGGCUGGAAAAAUGCUGCUCUGGAGCCGAGAGGAAUCACUGGCAGAAGUAGUGAGCUUGGAGAUGGUAGACCUGCCCCUGACUGGGGCCCAGGCGGAGCUAGAAGGAGAGUUUGGCAAGAAGGCAGCCAUUCAAGAUGGCCUUCUGGGGAUGUUCUUGAAGCGCCUGUCCUCCCAGCUCAUCCUGCUGCAGGCCUGGACCGCCCACCUCUGGAAAAUGUUUUAUGAUGCUCGCAAGCCUCGGAGUCAGAUCAGGAAUGAGAUCAAUAUUGACAACCUGGCUAGGGAUGAGUUCAACCUCCAGAAGAUGGUGGUGAUGGUGACAGCUUCAGGCAAGCUCUUUGGCAUUGAGAGCAGCUCUGGCACCAUCCUGUGGAAGCAGUACUUGCCGAAUAUCCAGCCGGACUCCUCCUUUAAGCUGAUGGUGCAGAGAACCACUGCGCACUUUCCCCACCCCCCACAGUGCACUCUGCUCGUCAAGGACAAGAAAACAGGAAGGAGUUCUCUGUAUGUCUUCAACCCCAUUUUUGGAAAGUGGAGCCAGGUGGCUCCGCCUGUGCUGAAGCGGCCCAUCUUGCAAGCCUUGCUGCUGCCUAUCAUGGACCAGGACUAUGCCAAGGCACUGCUGCUGAUUGAUGACGAGUACAAGGUCACAGCUUUCCCAGCCAGUCGGAAUGUCCUGCGUCAAUUACAAGAAAUGGCACCUUCCAUCUUCUUCUAUCUUGUAGAUUCUGAACAAGGCCGCUUGGCUGGAUUCAGGCUGCGCAAGGAUUUGACAACAGAACUGAGCUGGGAGCUGACUAUCCCACCAGAGGUACAGAGAAUAGUGACGGUGAAAGGGAAACGGACCAGUGAGCAUGUGCACUCCCAGGGCCGAGUUAUGGGUGAUCGAAGUGUGCUCUACAAGAGCUUGAACCCCAAUCUGCUGGCUGUGGUGACAGAGAGCACAGACCUGCACCAUGAACGCACCUUUAUUGGCAUCUACCUUAUUGAUGGUGUCACAGGGCGUAUCAUCCAUUCCUCAGUACAGAAGAAAGCAAAAGGACCUGUCCAUCUGGUGCAUUCAGAGAAUUGGGUGGUGUACCAAUAUUGGAACACGAAGGCCCGCCGCAAUGAGUUCACAGUGCUGGAGCUGUAUGAAGGGACAGAGCAGUAUAAUGCCACGGCCUUCAGCUCCCUGGACCGUCCGCAGCUCCCCCAGGUUCUCCAGCAGUCAUAUAUCUUCCCUUCAUCCAUCAGUGCCAUGGAGGCCACCAUCACAGAACGUGGCAUUACAAGCCGCCAUUUACUCAUUGGGUUACCCUCAGGAGCAAUUCUGUCCCUCCCAAAGGCCUUGCUGGAUCCUCGACGUCCUGAGAUCCCAACAGAGCAAAGCAGAGAGGAGAAUUUGAUCCCAUAUUCUCCAGAUGUACAGAUCCAUGCUGAGAGGUUCAUUAAUUACAAUCAGACCAUCUCCCGAAUGAGAGGCAUCUACACUGCUCCAUCUGGCCUGGAGAGUACCUGUCUGGUUGUGGCGUAUGGGCUAGACAUUUACCAAACCCGGGUCUACCCAUCCAAACAGUUUGAUGUCUUGAAAGAUGAUUAUGACUACGUGUUGAUCAGCAGCGUCCUCUUUGGCUUGGUCUUUGCCACCAUGAUCACAAAGAGACUGGCCCAGGUGAAGCUUCUGAAUCGUGCUUGGCGGUAAAGGAAGAUGCAUUAUGUCCUCAGAGAGAACAUUGAGGAGGGGUGCCAUGGGCCAGGCCAGAAGCCACCUUUGUGAUUUGACAGAUUGGCUAGGAAGCAUAUUGGGAAAUGCCUAGCAAGCUUAUCUCAGCCAGAGGUCUAUCCAAGGAGGGCGUGGAUUUCUAUGACGAACUCUUAGGAGACCUGACUUGGCAUCUCACACUGGACUUAAAACUUAUUGUACUGAAAAUCUGGAAAAAUAUUGUGGAUUUCCCCCUUACCCCCACCUCUGACAAGUCCUAAACAGCGGUAUUUCCCUCACCCCCAUUGUUUCCAAACUUUUUACUUUGUUUUGUUUUUUCUUCCAGAUUUUACUCAUGGGAUUGGGGUGGGUUGGUGGUAAAUGGGUUUGGGGGAUGGAAUGCUCUAAGGAUUAAUUUCCAUUUUCUUAGAGUUAGCCUGGCCAGCAUAGUGGAUAGAGUACUGGACUUGCCAAUUCACAUCCACUCUUUGAUACUUGCUAGCUUUGUGACCAUGGGCAAGUCACUUAAUGUUUCUGAGCCUCAAUUUCCUAUCUGUAAAAUGGGGAU